AUUUAAAAUUGGUGUUAUGUAUCUGAGGACAUUUUUUUGAUUUGGGUGACAUAGUUAACUAUAAUUUAGAAAAUGAUUUUAGUGAACUCGAGAUGGCAAACACUAUUGUUAUGACUGAAGAAGGAUACGGCUUUAAUUAUGAAUGGAUUGCUGCUGGUUCUGGCAUAGGGGAAGAGAUAUGUGGAGUUGAUAAAGAUUGUAUUGUUGUCCCUUCCUCACCAGAAUUACAUAAAAUUGAAAUUGAACCUCCAGAAUUAGGGGAUGAUUACGUAGAAAUUCAAGUUACUGAAGAGGAGGUAGUCGCAGACCAAUGGAAUUCUCACGCUGGAUCUGAAGAAGAUGGCUUAAACUUGAAUGUUGAUACUAACCAUGAUGAUGAUGUUAUGGUACCAUUGCCUGAAGACCAAGAUGAAUAUUCAAGGCUUCAUCCUUAUCCCUGUGAUUUCUGUAGCAGAAGAUUCAGCAAAAAAUCAGCUUUAACUGUGCAUAUGGUGUCUCAUCAAGUUGAGCGACCUCAUGGUUGCAAUAUGUGUGGUGCUCAAUAUAGGCGUAAACAUGAUCUGGUAGAGCAUAUGAAAAUUCAUGCAUAUGCUCCUAUUAAAAUUGAACCUGAAGAUGAUUACGAAGAAUUACCAACAUUACCCCAAGCCAAAGCAAAACAAAGAGCUCGUCGAAAAAAGAGAAAUAUUAAAAAAUUUGAAUUCGAUGACACUAUAGCUAGAGAAAAGAAAACUAGGCCUCCACAGAUUCCUUUUGAUGACUUCAAGUUUGAAAUAGAUAUACCUCAAGUAGAAGAACCUAAAUUUCCAAUUAUAGACCCCUCAAGGCCGUAUGUCUGUCAACACUGUGGGAUCGGAUUUGCCCGAGAAAAAGCCUUAACCUCACAUACUAUGAUACAUGUAGGAGAUUCAGCAUAUGAAUGUGAAUCAUGUGGUGAAAUGUUUCAAUCCGAAAGUCAACUAGAGCAACAUAAUUCAAUCAGGCAUGGACAAGUUUCACGGAAAAGAGAUGAUAACUAUGGUACUUUUCUUUGUAAUGAAUGUGGUGCUUCUUUCCAGUGGUACAAUCAACUGAAAAAACAUCGAAAAUCUCAUAUAAAACAAGAAGAACAAGAAGAAGAGGAAAAUCAUUUAUGUACCUUGUGUAAUGUUGUUUUUAAUACGCUGGAUGAACUUCUAUGUCAUAAAGAAGACCAUGAUCCUGAAAUUGGUGUUCAUUCAUGUUAUCUCUGUGGAGAAGUUUAUGAAAAUAUGACGGAUCUCAAGGACCAUAUGAAAACAAGACAUAAAGCAAAUCAUAUGUGCCACCUCUGUGAAAAGAUGUUUAAAGAUAGUAGAGCUCUGAAUAAACAUCUUGCCUCACAUAUUGAAACCAGAACAUUUCCUUGCUCUAUAUGCUCAAGAAGGUUCCAUAAUAAAGCAAAAUUAAAAAAACAUAUGAUAAGCCAUGACGACAUGAAACCCAAUGGAGGAAUGGUUUGUCGUGAAUGUGGAGAAAUGUUUACUGAAGGUCAAAGUCUUUUGAAUCACAGACAAUCUGUACAUGGUGUAAAUAUUUCCCGUAUGUUUCCCUGCUUACAGUGUGGGAAGGCAUUCAAUUCACGCUCUUCUCAUCAGAUACAUUUACGCAUUCAUACUGGAGAGAGACCUUAUGCUUGUAAAUAUUGUUGGAAAGCAUUUGGAGAUGGUGGGACACUACGAAAGCAUGAACGAAUACAUACGGGAGAAAAACCUUAUGUGUGCCCUGUCUGUACAAAAGCUUUUAAUCAAAGGGUCGUUCUUCGUGAACAUAUAAGAGCACACCAUUCUGGCUCAGAGAGCCGCCUUAGUAACAACUGCUAUGAGUGCAUGGUAUGUGGUUCAGUGCUAGCAGCGUCAAGUGAACUAUGUGCUCACCUGGUUCUCCAUUCUGAUGAGAAUACUGCUAAACACCGUAUGCCAAAGGGCAACAGAAAGUAUGUACGUAAAAAGAAAUACACAGGAUUUGAAGAAGAUAGUGGUUCUCCUGUGGAAGAAGAUAGGAGAAAGACUCAGUUGGUAUCACCUCCACCACCUCCUACGCAGAUAGUUAAAUAUUCUGAAGAAUUAGACACUGUAAUUAAGAUUGAGCCUGGAUUAACACCAACAAGUACUGAUUUUAAUAAAGGCAGGGCUCGUAUUGUACGGUCUGGAAGAAAAGGUGUUCCAAAAGGUCAAAACAAAAGGUAUGCUAGGGGUAAAACAAAAGCUGCCCGUUUGAUGAAUAAUACAUCAUAUGCUUCGAAGUAUGUAGUUUCUUGUCCUGAAAAUGAGGAUAUGCGUUCUAACCAAGAAAGCAGUUUAAAUGGUAUAGUUCCUAGGAGUCGACCUCGAACGAAAAAUGUGAGUUACCAUAAUAUGAAAGCUGAACCUCGAUAUGAACUUGCUACAUUUCCUGUAGACAAUAAAAGGAGUUCUGGGAACCAAAAAAAGAGAUCACAAGUAAGAAGGGAUAUCCUUCCUUCAGAAGCUGUGGAGAAUCAGUAUGUAAAUGGAAUAGACCUCUUUGAAGAAACAGGCGGUGAACAAAUAGAGACAUGUAUUGUAGACGAUAUUGAUGUUGAGCUUAAAUUAGAAGUGAAGACAUCUGAACAAGAAGAAUGCCUUAUUCCACCGCAUGACAUGAGAACGGAAUAUGUUUCAUGUGAUAUGUGUUCUGAAGUUUUUACAAGUAGAUCCGAUUUGUUGAAACAUAUACAGAUACAUAUAUAAUAUUUAUAGAGAAAUAUUGAAAAUAUUAUAGUUUUUGAAAAUUUACAGUCAAACAAUAUUUAUACCAUUCUUAUAUUUUGGAUUAAUUUAAUCUCUGCUUAUCCUCCCUUCUUGUUUUUAUUAAAGGCCAUAAGUUUUUAACAGUAGGAUCAAACUUGAUAGACUGAUAGAUGUAAAAAUUGGUUAUUUGACUAAAAGUCACAGUGUGAACUCCUAAACUUUUUUUUUUAUAUGGUUAUGUAACAAUUCUUUAACUGCUGAUUUGGUUAAUAUUUUUAUUUAUUUUAUCUGUAUUAAUAUAAUAAAUUUUUUUUUUAAAGAAACUAUUUUCAUUAUAGUCAUAUAUAUAAAUUAUGCACUUAAAAAUGAAUUAUCACUGUAAAGGUGGAUUGUAAAGUUGUUGAAGUUUAUUUAAGCUUUAAGGUUGUAAAUAAUGCAUUAAUAUUAAAUUUGUGUAUAAAUAUGUAAUAUUUUUACUACAAGUUGAUCGCAUUAUGUAAAUUGUACAUAAUUAAAAAUAUCUAAGUUAUUAUGUGAUGAUUAUUACGUGUAUAUUAUGAGGCGUUUCGCUUACAUCUGAAAACAAUAGAGAAAGAAUUCAAUUUAGGAAAAAGACAAUACAUAAAUGUAAUUUACGUAGGCUAUAUCAGUCAAAGUAUAAUUUUUAUUGAUAUCCAGAUAUUUUUAAAAAAUUGUUUUUUAACUUGCAAUGUAUUAUGUAUAUAUAUAUAUAUAUAUGAACAGAUUCUUUUUAAAUGAUGCAGUCUUGCUUAUGAAAAAGCAUUUCAAUUAAUCUGGGCAUGUUACACUAUUUUUAAAAGGAAAUCAAUGUAAAUAUUAUAUCAAAUAAAAUAAUAUUUUUU